UUUGAUUACGCCAUUUUCCAUUGAUUGAUUUUUGCAAUUUACUCUAAUGACUGUCAUUCAAAGUGUCGACGCUAGAGAAAUUCUAGACUCUAGAGGAAACCCAACAGUCGAAGUUCAAGUGACUACCGAACUAGGUGUUACUCGCGCUGCUGUUCCCUCAGGUGCUUCCACUGGAGUUCACGAGGCUCACGAGUUGAGAGAUAACGAUAAAUCGAGGUUUCUUGGAAAGGGAGUAACAAAAGCAGUUCAAAACGUGAAGGCGGAACUCUCAAAGGCUGUGAUCGGUAUGGAUUGUCGAGACCAGGCUGCUAUCGAUCGCAAAAUGAUCUCACUAGAUGGGACUCCCAACAAGAGUAGACUCGGGGCCAAUGCUAUUUUAGGAGUUUCCAUGGCCGUUUGUCGUGCCGGUGCAAUUGCUCGAGGAGUUUCUUUAUAUCAACAUAUUAAUGAUCUUGCUGGUAAACCAAAAAUACUCUUACCUGUUCCUGCUUUCAACGUGAUCAACGGAGGAUCUCACGCUGGAAACAAGUUGGCCUUUCAGGAAUUUAUGAUACUUCCUGUAGGAGCUCCUUCAUUCCGAGAAGCAUUGCGAAUGGGAGCUGAGGUUUAUCAAAACUUGAAACAAGUCAUCAAAGCAAAAUAUGGUUUGGAUGCUACUUCAGUAGGAGAUGAAGGUGGUUUUGCACCCAAUAUCCAGGAUUUGGAGGAAGGAGUUCAGUUGUUGGUAGACGCCAUUGAAAAGGCAGGACAUACUGGAAAGGUUAAGAUUGGUUUAGAUUCUGCUGCAUCUGAGUUUUGGAAAUCUGACAAGUCCAGUUAUGAUUUGGACUUUAAGAAUCCAGCACAUUCGGAUUCUUAUCUCAAGUCUUCUGAGCAAUUAUUGGAUAUUUAUGAAGACUUGGCAAAGAAGUUUCCCAUAGUUUCCUUCGAGGAUCCUUUUCAUGAAGAAGACUUUGACGGUUUUGCAAAGAUGACAAAGGCAUUGGGAAAGAACUAUCAAAUUGUUGGUGAUGACUUGUUAGUGACGAAUCCGACUCGAAUAAAGAAAGCCAUUGAAAGUGGUGCUUGUAAUGCUCUUUUAUUGAAAUUGAAUCAGAUUGGUACCUUAACCGAGUCUAUUGAAGCAAAUGACAUGAGUCGAGCAGCCAAAUGGGGAGUUAUGGUUUCUCAUCGAUCUGGCGAAACAGAAGAUUCCUUUAUUGCAGAUUUAGUCGUUGGUUUGGGAACUGGACAGAUAAAGUCUGGAGCUCCAUGUCGUUCAGAACGUCUUGCAAAGUAUAAUCAGUUGCUGCGUAUUGAAGAAGAAUUGGGAAGUAAUGCUGUUUAUGCGGGUAUGCAGUUUCGAACGCCUUGGAAUGUUUGAAUAGCAUUUGUACUUGUGUGUCUGUUUUUUGUGUUUGCAGUUUUUGUGUUUUUUCUAUAAAGGAGAAUGCCAUUCUGUACUUUAUAAAGUAAUCCAUUUUCAU